UCUCACUUUUCACGAGAUUUCGGGUCCGAAUAGCACGAGUUUGAGCCUCGUUCUCUUAGUUGUAUUUUCGAAUUUCAUCAAUCGCGUUCCUAGGGGAGAAGAAAAUAACGAGAAGUUUCCCGUGUCGACGACUUUGAUCAAGACAUGGCGAGAUCCGGAAAGCUUUUGCUCUUCCUUGGACUGUGGGGGUUGGCUGCAGCACAGAUCGAUCCCAGUGUCUGUCCCCACAAGCAGCAGGGAGCCACCUACAAAGCGUGGUCAGCCACCACUACCUGGCCUAAUGGGGCACCCGAUUCUACCGUUGACGUCACGCUAAAUGACGGAAUAUACCUGGUAGAUACAGACGUAGACGUGAAGAGCAUAACCGUUAACACGAACGCCAUUCUUGUCUUCAACGAUGCUGACCUCUCAGUGCGCACGCGCUACAUCUUAGUCCGCGGAGAGCUUUACCUAGGCUCAGAAAACUGUAAACUUACAAGCAACAUUGAUAUUACUCUCUACGGUGACAAGGGAGACGUUGCUAUUUCUGGAUUCGGGGAGAAGUUUAUUGGCGUGGAGGGGGGAGUCCUUCAUAUCCAUGGCAACCCACAGGUGUCUUGGUCUAAGCUUACAAAGACCGUUCACCGACUCAAGGAUGGACAGAUUGCUGACGUCUAUAACGAUGGAGAGAAGAAGACCAGUUACCAGGGAAUUGUCAUGUACGUGUGGGACGCCACUUCCGGUCAGCUGGAGAGAUCAGAAGGCGUGUACUCCGCCGGACGUUCCAUCAUCACCAAGUCAGGAGUCCAAUGCGAGGCUGAUCAGGAGGCCAAGAUGUUUGAAGAAACCCUCAACAACGUUCCGGAUGGCAAGAUCAUCGGACUGGCCCUUAGGAAACAGCUCUUCCGACGCGGUAACGUGAACUACGCCAUGUUCUACGAGAUUUUUGAGAACUUUGCCUUCGGUAAAGUGACGGGGAAUAGCGGCGUACGAGAUGUGAGGCUCCAUGACGCCUGGUCAUUCAUCAUGAGGAAAGGAGAUACCAGUACUUCCCAGGAGCUCUUGUUGAAGGACGACAAGAAAAUACUAGCGCGGACCGCUGAGCUUUACCACUAUGACAACGGAAUCAAGUUCACUGCUCGCAGCUGGGUUCACACCAUUCGGCGAGGUGCUUGCUAUUCCCGCGCAAAGAGCGCUAAAGCGGAAAUUGCCGAUCCUAAACUUGCUUUGACUGAUGACGUUAGUUCCUGGAAAGUGGGCGAUGAAGUUGUUCUUCUAUCCACCGACUACGACCCUAAACAGGCGGAAGUGACCACCGUCAAACAAUGUGACGAUUGCAGCGCCAACGAAGUCAGGAUCAAUCUGGAACCAUUAUUCACUCACUUUGGAGAAAUAGUAAACGGCGUGGACAUGCGCGGUGAAGUUGCACUGCUUAGUAGAAACAUAAAAAUCCGAGGGGCUCCGGCAACAAACAGUAAGACACUCGGAGGCCAUAUCAAGGUUAUGAGGGGUUUCAAGGAGGCACAGGUGGAAAAUGCAGAACUAGUGAACUUGGGACAAUUAGACACACUAGGAAACUAUCCAUUCCACUGGCAUAUGUGUGGUGACGUCACAAACUCGUACAUCCGGGGUAGCAGUAUUAGGGACUCCAAUGCUCGAUGCGUCACGGUUCAUGCAACUAACGGAGCUGUCGUGGAAAAUAAUGUAUGUUUCCGAGCGGUCGGUCACGGAUAUUUCCUGGAGGAGGGAGGUGAGGUGGACACGACAUUUGCCGGAAAUCUGGGAGCCGGAAACAUCCGGACCAACAAACUCACCAAAACCGACGGAAUGCCUUCGACAUUUUGGAUUACAAAUCCUAAAACCAUCUUGCGGAAUAACGUUGCAGCCGGAAGUGACUAUGCCGGGAUCUGGUAUGUAUUCCCGGAUGAGCCUAUUGGAGCCUCCUACGGAAUUGUGAAAACCAUGCAGAAAGACGAAGCAAAGCGGACCCCGAUCACAGAGUUCACCAACAACGUCGUACAUUCUAACCGCGUGGGCGGGUUAUUCUUUGACCGACGCUUGAGGAACGACACUGGAUUCGCCUUUGGAACCAAAUACACCCCGCUCAGUGACCCCCAGGACGAGACCUCUGCCCCACAGACCGCUGUAUUCAACAGGCUUACAGCGUACAAGAACGAGCAGUUCAACGGCUGGUUCGACGCUUCAAACAUUCAGAUCACACAAUCAUCAUUCUCCGAUAGUUUAGUUUCUCUGGCAGUAAGAAGAAGCAGCGAUGGACUGGAGUGCACGGUUACGAACAGUGUCUUCAUGGGGGAGUCCUCAAACAUCGGGGAACCCUCGGUCAUCAGGGGGAACGGUGUGGUCAAAACCUACCCCCGAGCCGUGCCCCUCAAGAUGGCGAACCAGCCCCGUCAAGGUUUCGUCUUUUACGAUCGGGAAAUCUCCCUGUCCGACUCAUGGUUCGGUAACUACGCUAGCACCGACGAUUACAGCGCAGGCGCAUUAGGAUUCCAACGAAACAACCUGCACCUUGCAACCCACGGAGCUUUUACCAAGAACCUGUUGUUCGGCUUCGGCGAUGCUUCACAGGGUAACCGUGUGUUUGAUGGAAACGCUACUGACGUCGGCUUUACGUCACUAGAUGGUGACGACAUCGUAUUGUUUGAAGAUCUUGACGGGUCCGUGACAGGAAGUGCCGGCAACUUUGUGGUCAAGCCACUUCCGAUCCACAUGACUGAACAGUGUGUGGAGAUCGACAACUGGAAGAUGGCCGUCUGCCCGCAUCCAUUUGGACAGGUUCGUAGCAAUUUUGCCGGUAAAAAUUCUGACCAAAUCAUCGUCACGCGUGAUGACGACAGCGAUGACCCAAUUAUGGCAGACAGGCGAUCCUUCGCCCCAUUCCUGACCAUUCUCGGCGGCACCCACAGUUAUCUGGUCCGCAGCAACGCCGCCACGGCACCUGGGUGGUUUCGAUUUGAGUUCUUGGGACUCACUUUAUCUAAAUAUGCUUCCCUCGCUGUCUGUAUUCCCCGACAGUCUACCCUUAAAAUGGCUAUGAAGAAUCAGGUGACUGAUAAGUGGGAACGAGGGGUGGCGGCCAACUCGUACGAUGAAUUCACAUCAAGCCUUUCUCGAACGAGCUACUUUGUUGACCAGGAAGUCGGCGUUGUUUUCUUCAAUGCCAUGCACAUGCGUGAACGGGUUGAAUCGGACAGAGGAAAUUGUCUGGACGGCAAGUGUCCAUUUGUAGGUUUUACCAACUCGGGCGGCGAUAGAACGGACACCGACUGCAGUGAGCGGUUCUACGCAAAAUACAGCAAGUCACCCGUUCUGCCCUCCCGGAAGAAGAGAGCAGUAGGAGUGACUUCCGCCGACAAAUUUUCUGCCUCCAGAGCCACUCCUCCACAGGCCUGGGGAGCUGGAGACACCAAAUCUACCGUUUCUAUUCAACUUGGAGUGUGAAAGAAGAACUGUUUAUUUUUUUUUAAUAAAUGAAUUACACGAA